CUUCGAAAUUCAUCAGAACAAAGAUUGAACUUCGUGCUGUGAGAAAGACUGAGAAGAAAUAUCGCGUACACUCCGAAACUCACUACGAAGCAUCUUGUUAAAACCGCCAAGAUGUCGACGACGGUAGAAAAGAUUAAGGAGAUCGAGUCCGAAAUGGCUCGAACUCAAAAGAACAAGGCGACUUCGUUUCACUUGGGUCAACUGAAGGCAAAGUUGGCGAAACUGAAGCGAGAGCUCUUGACCCCUUCAUCAAGUGGCGGAGGCGGUGGAGGUGCUGGUUUCGACGUUGCCAGAACUGGUGUUGCCAGUGUUGGUUUUAUCGGCUUCCCUUCCGUCGGGAAGAGUACUCUGAUGAGUCGAUUGACUGGUCAGCAUUCGGAAGCUGCGGCGUACGAGUUCACUACUUUGACGUCUGUCCCUGGACAAGUCAUGUAUAAUGGAGCCCCUUUACAAAUGAUUGACCUUCCGGGUAUUAUCGAGGGAGCCAAGGAUGGAAGAGGUCGUGGUCGUCAGGUGAUUGCUGUCGCUAAAACUUGCCACUUGAUCUUCAUCGUAUUAGAUGUAAACAAACCCUUGACAGACAAGCGGGUUAUUGAAACAGAAUUAGAAGGAUUCGGCAUUCGUAUCAAUAAGGAGCCGCCGAAUAUUACCUUCAAGAAGAAGGACAAGGGGGGACUUAAUAUUUCAAGUACCGUACCACUAACCCACAUCGACAAUGACGAAAUCAGAGCCGUCAUGGCCGAGUACCGUAUCAACUCAGCAGAUAUUGCGAUUCGCUGUGAUGCUACGAUUGAUGAUCUGAUCGACAUCCUAGAAGCCAAGAGUCGCAGCUAUAUUCCAGUCAUUUACGUCCUCAACAAGAUCGACGCAAUCAGCAUCGAGGAGCUAGACCUGUUGUACCGAAUCCCCAACGCGGUUCCUAUCAGCUCUGAGCAUGGAUGGAACGUCGACGAACUAAUGGAGGCUAUGUGGGACAAGCUAAAAUUGGUCCGGGUUUACACGAAGCCAAAAGGGAAGAUGCCGGACUAUUCAGCGCCUGUUGUACUCCGUUCCACCAGGUGCACCGUCGAGGACUUUUGUAACGCAAUCCACCGGAGCAUUGUCGAACAGUUCAAAACCGCGAUCGUCUACGGAAAGUCUGUAAAGCACCAGCCCCAGCGCGUGGGGCUUUCUCACGAACUGGCCGACGAGGACAUUGUUACUGUUGUCAAGAGAUGAGUGGUCAGGCGGUCCACCCCCAAAAAAGCCAAAAAGGGGGUCAGAAACCCCCCAAUUGGCCUCGGCCUACGCAUCAUCGUUCAGGGCGUCGAGUCCUGAAGGAGAUUGGCUCUUUCGCGUGCGCAUUUCCGAGCCUGAGAUUUGUAUUUAACACGAUGGAUGGACAAUGAUACCCAAGAGGCAUCAUAAUCUUACGACGCUAAUGGGCAGCUUCAGGAACAGGGGCAAGAGGGGAUACGGAUGUUUGCAGAUUUGCGGAUCAAGGGACAGACCGUAGCCGAUGCGGCGCACCAGUAACGGAAAGUAAUGUUUGCUUUUUUUCUGGAAGGGCACCGAUCAUGCAAAGAAUGGUACAGUAGCGGACGAGUUUGCAUGCGAGGAUCUGAAAAAUACGCAGGUCCAGGCCGGUGAAGUGGCAGUUGGGUUUCCAAUCUCGAGAUUGCUAUAAUCCCUUUUGCGGGGGAAUGCCACGAUGCAUCAAUAGAUAGAUAGGCACCUAGAGAUAGUAAGCCGCAGCCGCACGUUGAAAUCAUAAAUGCCUGAGCGCACUCCGCAUA